AUGUCUAUAACAACUUGCCAGAAGGUUACUCUGAUAUCAUGCUCUGUUCUCUGUGUUUCUCUCUUCCUGCCCAGAAUGCUUUUACCCAGAAGGAAAAAGGAGAUGGGGCAGCCUGAGGUUGGACCUGGGUUCUACCCCCCUGUGAUGCAUCAGCUGUCACUGCCAGAGGACCCAGAACAGUGGGGUGUGGACCCUUCGUACUCCAUGACACACGGUGCUGAGGCCAUGGCCAAAGUAAAAGGCAUAGGACGAGGCAAAAAAUAUAACCUGAUGGGUCAAGUGAUACCCAUAUAUGGCUUUGGGGUCUUUCUUUACAUCUUCUAUAUAAUCUAUAAGCUGACAUAUAAGGGGAAGACUAAUAAAUCAGGACAUUACACUACGGUUACCAAGGCACACACGGAGAAUAAGAUUACAACCAAUGAGCUUGUCAGGCUUCAGGAGAGACUACUGCAAACAGAGAGGAUGAUGGAGAGGAUUGUGUCUGGAAAGAGUCGAGGUUCUGGGAGAAUCUCUAGUGGCAGAAGGAGGAGGAGUAAAACUACAACAUCAAAGAAGGAGGAGAAAUUACUCAGGCAACUUAGACAGAUCACACAGCUGAUGCAAGAGGGCCGGUUGGAGGGAGCUUCCCCAGAGAUGGAAGCUGAGGAGGUCCCCUACAGUGCAGACUGGGAUGGCUACCCAGAGGAGACCUACCCAGUGUACGACAAUCCCUGUGACAGACGUAGAUUUGAGAGCAUUAUGCUGAUGGAGACCCACCCCCAACAGCCCACUGCCGAGGCCCUGGCAGAGAGGAUGGAGCAAGAGGAGGAAGAGAUUAUGGCAAGGAAACUAUCCAUAGUGCGAGAGGAGGAGGAGGAGGAGGAGGAGGAGGAGGAUGAAGAGGAAGAGGAGGAGGAGGGAGAGGAAGAGGAAGAGGAGGACGAAGAGGAGGAUAAAGAGGAAGAAGAAGAGGAGGAGGAGGAGGAGGAUGAGGAAGAGGAAGCAGAGAAAAGGCACUUGCUCAGUCUUCCUUCAUCCCAGAUCGAAAGGAAGCCGGAAAGGCUGGGUUUGGAGGUGAGCGAGGAGCUGCAGUGUUACAACGGAGGGAAGAAGCAAAUAAGUUUCAGUGACCACAGAGAUGUGUUCCGCUACCCUCAGGAGGAGGCUUAUGAGGAGGAGGAAGAGGAGAAGGAUGAUGAGGUGGAGGAAGAGGAUGAGGGGACAGAGGUGGAAGAGGAGGAGGAAGCAGAUGAAGAGGAUCCAGUGAUGGAGGCAGAGAGCCUGCUAUUCAGUUGUGAGGGUCAUCCCAACCCGGAGGAGGAGGCAGAGGAGGAAAUCGAGUAUUUGUUAACGUCAGCGUCUGUGGAGGGCGACGAUGGCAUCCAAGCAGACAUGCCGAAAGAAGUCGGGGUGAGUGGGUUGAGGAUGCGGAACAGGAGAGAAACCUAA